AGAGGACCCGACAUACAGGAACGUCGACGAGGCCCUGGCACCCCAAUCUACCGUGUCCACGAGCUUGAGUGAUGUUGAGGCAAGUGCAAGCGUCAUCCUUCUUCCCUGACACUGAAGGCGACGAGUCCAGCAUUCGACCGACACGGAAAGCCACGCAACUGCGCGAGUCGUCGGUCCGAGAUGAGAGCACCGCCCCACUCAUUUCACUACGUCAGAACACGACCUCCCGAGAGAACGACCCGAAUGCAUUUUCAUCGAGUGUGGCGUACGUUGGCGAGAUUGAAUUUCCAGCGACAAGAACGAUUCUUUGGGAUCGUCGACCGCUGUCAGAACCUCAGGUCGUCCAUGCAGAUGACGCCUUCAUCCCUACUGCCUCAAUCACCCACUCUACCCUGACUUCCAUCCUCAACUCCGUCGGGAACGCCACAGGCGACUUGGGUUUCAUUGGGUACGUUUCGUUCUCUGAAGUCUUAUCUUCGAACAAGUGGAAGCUUCAAGUCGACUCGUUCACUUGUGGUGCCUUGCCGUCCACUAAAGCGGGUUUCUGCAUUGGUGUUUAUUCGAGGUCGGCAGAUUCAAACAUGGACCAAGCCACACCAUGGCAUGCUGCAUUAGCUCAAGGCUUUGAUAAGAUGCUUGAAGCAAACAAACACUACAUAUCGUCUAAUCUUUCCUCCUAUUUAUCGCUUCAGCUGAUCGUGACAUGCAUUUCAUCAGCCCACUUGGAUGUCCAACUCAACGCUCUUAGUCCAUCGACGUCGAUGAAAAUGAUUCCGAUCCGCAACUUGCCUCUCCUUCUGACGCCAUUGGCCAAACUGUUGAUGAAGGCAAGCUCGAAUAUCCCUCAAUGGUGGGGGUACGUUACCUUGGAUAAGACGCGAAAAGUUGUGCCCUUGCUACAGUCUGACCCCCUGGCCUCCACACGACCGUUGGUUGGAAUAUGGGUGCGAACGACCUUCCAGUCGCACGUAUAUUUGGCGUCGUAUUUGUUCGGUCUGCACUCAUCCUCCCGCCACAAGCUGUGGAUUGCGCCAAGGACGUUUCUCUUGGUCAAAUACCCCCUCGAAUCCAUGCAAUGGCUGCCAGAAUUCUUCGAGUGCACGCUAUCUGACACAAUGACUCCGGAAUUUUGUACUGCGCGACAAUCCUACGUACAUAGUGGUUCCGAUGCACCGCUGGAGCUUUCGAUGUCGCGAAGUGUGUUUCCAACUGCGCUGCCUGCAAUGCAGGAUGCCGUUGGGGAGGUCAUUGCACCGCCAAUUGUUCCAUGGAAUGCCGACCCAACCAGAGCUGAAGACCUUACGGUCAACACCCCGAUGGAAGCAUCGUCCUUUGACAUGCCUACACCAGUCCCCCAACCGCAUCUGCCAAUGCCACAUCCGCACAGGAAGCCGAUGUUGCCCCAGGUCAAUAUCGUCGAGUCCGUUCAAGAGGCCAACGGAACAAUCAAUCGGGAGUCCGACCUUGUGGCCCUCUUGAAGAAGCAAACCCUCAUCAUUGACGCUAUGCAAUUGGAAAUCAAAUCAUUGCAAAAUCAACUGAAAGCGCUGUCCGAGGCGAAAAAAGAUGUGUGCACCGUUAGCACGAACACGUCGUUCCUUGCCGAACCAGAGACACAUGAAUUUCCUCGCAGCACAUGUGACUCGGACAACGAGAGCGACGCCGACGACGCGGCAUCGAGUGCCCCCCCUUUGGUUGGCAAUGCUAUCGAUUCAGCCGUGACGGCUCAACGUGCACCACCAGUCGCAUCACCGACAAGCGACUUUGACGUACCGCGUAUUCGUAUUCCAGCUGCUGCCGCUGUGGGCGAGUCGGACGACGACAUGUCUGAAAUCGACGCGAAGUACCUCCGAUUGUUGAAAUGAAACAAGACUGAUUCGCAUUGAUGAUGGCAUUCGUGUU